UUCUCGUCACCACUACGAAAUUUACGUUCAUAUUCUCGAGAAACAAACACACAUUUUCAAUCGCAAAUCAAGGAAAUGGCUCGUACAAAGCAAACAGCAAGGAAGUCCACCGGAGGCAAGGCGCCACGUAAGCAGCUGGCCACGAAGGCUGCUCGCAAGUCAGCUCCAGCGACCGGAGGAGUGAAGAAGCCUCACCGUUUCAGGCCUGGAACUGUAGCCUUGAGAGAGAUCAGAAAGUACCAGAAGAGCACAGAGCUUUUGAUCCGCAAGCUUCCAUUUCAGAGACUUGUGAGAGAAAUCGCUCAGGAUUUCAAAACUGAUCUAAGGUUCCAAAGUAGCGCCGUCGCGGCUCUUCAAGAGGCCGCUGAGGCCUAUCUCGUUGGUCUCUUUGAGGACACAAAUCUCUGUGCAAUUCACGCAAAGAGAGUCACUAUUAUGCCUAAAGAUAUUCAACUCGCUAGGAGGAUUAGAGGUGAGAGAGCUUAGAGAAAUGUUCUGUAUUGAAUCAGUUUGAUAGAGAUUUAGAAGGUCUGAAUCUGUGCUCAUUGCUUGGGUUUCCAAUUUUU